AUGUCCGAAGAGACCGCCACCCUCCAGGUGACUAUCCCCCAGAAUCCUGCAAAAACCCUGAGAUUAACGCUCAAUGGCCCGGAAUCAAUGUUGGAAACAGGUCCACGACUGACAGCUUUAUCACUGGACACCAUAGAGGUUACGCAUGAGAUGCUCGACUCGCUCAGUAGCUACGAGAUCUCCGUCAUCGAGUCCACAAAGGCCGGUAGACACAGCUCAUAUUCGUCCUUCUACACGGCCAUCCUCAAGCCGCUUUUUUCUGCCCUGAAUAUCAGACACUCGUACUUGCAAACAACUUCCGCUUCCUCAUUGCAGGAGUAUGCCGCCGCAGCUGACUUGUCGAGACCUUCUGCAAAACUCCUUUAUCUCUUCCUUUCUGGAGACACCUCUGUCUUUGAAUUUGUCAACUGUCUCUUUCCACGAAUCCAGGAUACGGAAAUUUCAGGUUACUCCGGGUCUACCCCGAACGUUACCAUCCUCCCGUUCCCCCACGGAACGGGGAACGCGUUGUGUAACUCCUUGAAACUUUUUAACGACAUCGAGUCCAUCAAGGCGCUUUUCAGGCUCUGCCCCCGCCAUCUGCCACUAUACCAACUACAAUCACACACUAAGCUAGAGUCGAAGAACCUAUCUUUGGAUCAUUUUUCGCAGAAAAAGGCCAUCUUUUUCCUUGUCGUAGCAUCAUGGUGUUUACACUCCACUUUGGUGUUCGAGUCGGAUAAACCCGAGAUGAGAGCAAAAUACGGCCCCGAAAGGUUCCGAAUCGCUGCCAUGAAGAUACUGGAGAAAAAUCCCCACUUUAGGGCCAGGAUCACCUUCCAGCCUGAUAGUAAAUCACUAUUCUACAACCACGGCUCUGGAUCUUGGUUAUCAGACACAUCAAAGACUUCUUCCUCAGAACAAGUCACUGACCUAUCUUAUUUUCUGCUUGCUGCCGUUUCGAAUUUCGAAAAGACUUUCAUGAUUUCUCCACAUUCCGUUGUAGCUGAAGACCAACUUCAUAUUCUUGCCAUUCCGCAUAUACCUUCCGAUGAUAUCAUGACCCUCAUGAAUGCUGCAUACGAUUCAGGAACCCAUGUCCAGGACAAGCGUGUGUACUACUCCUAUUUGGAGAAAUCCUCGUCCCUCGAGUUGUUUAUCUCAGAUGAGAUGCACCCUAGUUUGAGUACCAUUUGUUUGGAUGGAAGUUCGUGGGAAGUAACGGGAAAAGACCGCAAACUAACCUUUUCCACUGUGCAACAAUCUUUUCUACACUUUUUAUCUUGA